UAUAGGGCGCAGCCCACUAGGUUCCUCCCACUCAUCUCUCCGCACUUCACGAGCUCUCUGUGCAAACAUCUGCCCUCUCUGAUGAUCUACAGGACACUUCAGCUCUCCACCGCGCACAAACUCCUUACACCAAACCUCGGAUCAGCAAGACAUGACCCACCGUUAUAUCGUGCCCUUGGUCGUGGGACUGAUCGUCCUCGCGUGCAAAACAUGGGGCGAAGUGGAUGUGAGCACAGAAGACAGGGUGGAAGUAUAUUUAAAAGAACAGGCCAAGAUCCCCUGUAUAUACACUCUGAAAGAACCAGCAAUGAUGAUAGUCUGGUUUACGAAAUUGCCAGGCAAGGACCAAAGCAGGUUAAGAAUCUGCUACUAUGAAAAUCAGACUGAGAUCAUCGAAGAGGGCAGUGAUUAUGCCGGGAGGAUCCAAGUCAGUCACUCUCAUGACGCUCAGAGUGCUGUCGGAAGCGCCGUUCUGACCAUUGACAAGGUGGAACUGAGUGACCAGAGGGAGUUCAUCUGCAUGGUGCACAAUGUAUUAAAAGAGAGUGGUGAAGGACACACUCGUCUCCAAGUAUUCAACUCGCCAUCUCUGCCUGUGAUUGAACCUACACACACAGGGAUUUCUGUGACUGAUGAGGAGCCAUCAAAGGUUGCAAAUUGUAAAGUUGACAACGGGUAUCCUAGACCCAACAUCACAUGGUACAAGGACAGAUUUCCUCUCCAACCCUCAGAUGGUGAGAUAGAGAUCAAGGAGUCAGUGACAGUCAAAACCAGUGGCCUGGUCGCAGUUGAGAGUCAGCUUUUCAUGAAGGUCAUAAGGGAAGAUGAAGAUGCUGUUUUCUACUGUGAGGUCCAAUACUUUGUCCCUGGUGCAUCUAAAAUGGCAGAGUCCCAACCAAUCAAUAUCACAGUUUUUUACCCUACAACAGAGGUAACACUCUCCAUAAAUCCACCCGACAGGCUUAUAAAAGAAGGCGACAACGUGGAGAUCCAUUGUGAGGGAAAUGGAAAUCCUCAGCCCUUUUUAAGUUUAAGUUUCAAAAAUGAAGAGAUUGUGGGUGAAGAUAAUGGAAUACGGAUUCUGGAAAACGUCACGCGAUCAGACAGUGGGACGUAUGAGUGCUCAUCAUUUGACUUUGACACAGGCAGUGACGCUGAGGGCUCCAUCAAUAUCAAAGUACACUAUCUGGAUCAUAUUGUGGUGACACCAGAGGAGACAGUUCUGGACCAGAUGCAAGAUCUCACCUUAACCUGCAAUGCCUUGUCUUCUUUACCCACAUACACAACAUGGACUAAGGAUGGCUCGUCAGAAGUGGUAGAGAGGCAUGUUUUGGAGAUACACAAUGCCUCCUAUGACACCGCUGGGGUGUAUACAUGUGAAGUGAUGGUCCCUUCCCUGCCUGAGCUACGAGAACAGAAGUCUGUGCAAAUCAGUGUGCGAGGAAAGCCUAAGAUAGAAGUGGGUUCGACCAAUAAUGCGGACCGUCCUGUUAACCUGACCUGCCAUGCAGAAGGAUACCCAAUCCCCAAUAUCACCUGGACCCUCACUGACCGAUGGACUGGCAAGCCUGUCCCUGUGCUGAAUGUGGAGACCCAGAGUACAGACACUGGUGUUCUCAGCAUGAUCUCUGUCAAGGCCACGUCUGCACUCACAGCCAACUGCAGAGCCGACAAUGAGAUCGGGACAGACGAUGGUUCUCUCAGCAUUGACGCAAUUGCACGUGUGACAACGACAACCCAAGCCAUCAGCCCUAAAGCAACAGGAUUUACCAUUACACCAAAGCAGCCGGAGAAAGGUGGCAGUGGAGUAGUCAUCGCAGUCAUCAUCAUCUGCCUGCUCCUCAUAGCCAUACUGGGCAGUGUGCUCUACUUCCUCUACAAGAAAGGAAGGCUGCCCUGCGGACGCUCGGGAAAGCAGGAUUUCACGAAGGAAAAGGCCAGCAAGGAUGAUAUUGUGAUGGAGAUGAAGAGCGGUAAAUCUGAAGAGGCGGUGCUUCUACAGGGAGUCAACGGAGACAAAAAGUCACCUACUGAAUAGGUCAUUGCUUCUGAGCAAAGAUUCACAUUACUAGCUCUUUUACAGCCCUCUGAACUCAAAUCCAAUCUUAAACAAGACCAAAGAUUUGACGAAAACCUAAAAAACUUUCCUUUCAAUUAGAGUCAAAGACUGAAAACUACAUGGACAAGUGGAGAGACGCUAUAGCAGCCUCUGUCCUACAGCGCUCCGUCUCAGGGUCAAUCCCAACAUGAGUGCGCAAAGACCUCACAACAUGCCCACAUUUUCCCCUCUACUUGAAUUCCUAUUCAAUUCUACUUUUUUUGCCCAUGUUUUGUAUUUGACCUGCUAAUCUGAUUCAAAAUACAGCAAGCCGAUCCAAAAGAGCACCAAGUUCAUCAUGAACGACCACACUCCCGUAUUUACAAAUUGUACAUAUAUAUAUAUGAAAUACUGUAUAUAUUUAGCUAUUUAAAAUGCCUGAAACAACAUUUGAAAGAUUGUGCCUGGAUAUCGCUUUUUGAUAAUGCAAGUCCCAUUGUUUAGGGGCAUUUGACAAGUGCCGAAGAAUAGUUUUUUGCUAUGUGCUGUCAUUGUGUUUUGAACCUUCUCUCACCUCUGCCACAUCAUAGUCCAUGCACUGAAACUCUAAGAUCCGUCUUCAUCACUGUAAACAUUUUUCUGGAUCAGCGCUGAAAAAAUGCCCAAUGAUGAAGCUUGAGGGCAAUUUCUGGACAGAUACAUUUGUCAGGGAAAGUCUGACAUGUUUGACCUUUUUCUAAAUAUGUAAGCAAAAUGUUGGGUCCAUGACAUGCCAAUGUUUUUUAUUAUUAUUAGCUAUAUCAAAUUAAGUUCCUUAUGUUCACUGAGAGAGCUGAGUGAGUUACAUUCAUGCCAAAGUUUGAGCUAAAAAUGUCCCUAUGUCCUGAGAGAAAUGGAAGUUCCCUGCAGAGUUCAGCUGUAUUUUGCCAUUAUUUUUUACUGCAGUGACCUGCUGUCCUCAUCUUGCACUGAUUGUAAAUAUUAAAAGAAUUGCAUAACCAACUUUCCCAUUUUUUUAUUUUAGAGGGAAUAUUAAAAUGCAUGUGGAAGUCUUCAUUAAUUUAACACAUGGAGGGACAGUAGAAAAAAAAAUAUUUUUAUACUUAUUUUGGUCACAAAUUAGUAUUAUAUUAUUAAUUUUUUUUCUGAUUCAUAUUUUGAAGUUGUACCAAGGCAGGUAUCUUAAGAAGUAUGUACCCUGUACUGUAAGCAAAGCAGGCCCACAGGGUCUGUACAACAGUUAUGAUUCGUUUCAUUUCCUCUGGUAUGCUACUGUUGUUGUUUGUCAGUAGUAUUUUUGUUAAUACUUGUUUUUGAAUUUUCCUUAAAUUUCUAUUAAAAUGGCUGGUUUACUUGAGCCUUAAUUUUGUC